AGGCUAAAGUCCUUCCUCCUGAGCACUAGUGGUUCAAUGCUGCAAUGGUUUAGACAGACAAACAGAGAAGGAGUUUAGGGAAGGAGCGGAUUUCUGGCACUCCCAGACCUGGGCCACAAAGGAGCUCUGCUGAACUGAAAACAACACGACGCUGCUGCAACAUGAAGAUUUUCAUCCAGGUCCAAACCCUGAAGUUUCUCUGGAACCUUAAGCCACAAGGCCGAUGGUUUCACAGGGACACCAGGACUUGGGCCCCGCUGACCUUCGCUGACUGUGAGGCCAUAAACCGUUGUGAGCAAGAGUUGCCGGAACACUUUAACUUUGCCAGUGAUGUGUUGGACAGAUGGGCUCAUUUGGAAAAGAGUGGAGAGAGACCAGCCAACCCAGCCCUGUGGUGGGUCAAUGGGAAAGGAGAAGAGGUGAAGUGGACCUUUAAGGAGAUGGGCAUCUUAUCCCAGAAAGUGGCCAAUGUCCUCUCCAAACCAUGUGGCCUGCAAAGGGGAGACAGAGUGGCAGUGAUUCUCCCACGGAUCCCUGAGUGGUGGCUUGUCAACGUGGCUUGUAUGAGAACAGGACUCGUCUUUAUGCCAGGGACCACUCAGCUGACAGCGAAGGACAUUCAGUACCGCCUGCAGGUUUCCAAGGCCAAGUGCAUUGUCACCAGCGAGGCUGUGGCCCUGGCAGUCGACUCGAUUGCGACAGACUGUCCAGCUCUGGAGACAAAACUCUUGGUGUCGAGGACCCAACGGGAGGGGUGGCUGAACUAUGGAGAGCUGUUUAAAUCGGCCUCCACGGAGCACAGCUGCGUGAAGACAGGGAGUCGGGACCCGAUGGCCAUCUAUUUCACCAGUGGAACCACCGGCACCCCCAAAAUGGCCCAGCAUUCCCAGAGCAGCUUGGGGAUUGGCUUCACCCUUUGUGGAAGGUACUGGCUGGAUUUGAGCCCCUCAGACAUCAUAUGGAACAUGGCAGACACUGGCUGGAUCAAGGCAGCCAUUGGCAGUGUUUUUGCUUCGUGGCUUCAGGGAGCGUGUGUCUUUGUGCACAGCAUGGAUCAGUUUGAUGCGGAAACCUUCCUAGAUACUCUCACCACCUUUCCCAUCACCACCCUGUGUAGUGCUCCUACAGUCUUCCGGAUGCUCGUGCAGAAAGAUCUCAAGAGGUAUAAAUUCAAGAGCCUGAGACACUGCCUGACUGGAGGGGAGCCCCUGAACCCUGAAGUGCGGGAGCAAUGGAAGAGCCAGACGGGGCUGGAGCUGUACGAAGGCUAUGGACAGACUGAAGUGGGGAUGAUCUGCGUCAAUCAAAAAGGGAAGGAAAUUAAACCUGGUUCCAUGGGGUUAGGCGUUGUUCCCUAUGACGUCCAGAUUAUAGAUGAAAACUGUAAUAUUCUGCCAGCUGGGAAAGAAGGAGACAUUGCACUCAGAGUGAAGACCACGAGGCCCUUUUGUUUCUUCUCAGAAUAUGUGGAUAAUCCCGAGAAAACAGCGGCUUCCAUGAGGGGAAGUUUUUACAUUACCGGGGACAGAGGGGUGAUGGACAAAGAUGGCUAUUUCUGGUUCGUCGGCAGAGCUGACGACGUCAUCAUAUCGUCUGGGUAUCGCAUUGGACCUUUCGAAGUGGAAAGUGCUCUGAUUGAGCACCCAGCUGUGGUAGAGGCGGCAGUGGUCAGCAGUCCAGAUCCCAUCCGAGGAGAGGUGGUGAAAGCUUUUGUGGUCUUGUCUGGGCCCUUUAAAUCUUUAAAUACAGAGAAAUUAACUCUUGAGCUUCAGAAUCAUGUGAAAACAGUGACUGCUCCGUACAAAUAUCCCAGGAAGGUGGAAUUUGUCACAGAGCUACCAAAGACCAUCACGGGAAAAAUUCAGCGGAAUGUACUGAGAAAACAAGAGUGGGGACAAGCCUAGCCUGACCAGGAAACUGAGAAAGUAUCUGUUUAAAUAGCCGCUUUUAUUUUCUCUUACUUCUGCUGAUUCUGAUAUUACUAAGGUCCAAUGAGCAGGCACUACUGCUAUUUGCUGUAGUGCCAAAUGGGGUAAAAUUUAAAAUGAGUUUUUAGUUAAGAAAUUGAAACCUUAAAUUUCUCAUCUUCAUCUUAUUUGGUACGAUUUGAUCAACAGAAUCUCUUUAAAUAUUUGGAAAAUGAAUUGUUCAACUGUUUAAAAGAGGAAGGAUUUAAUUGGUUAGGGGAUAGUCUAAGGAAGAUUGAGUUAAAUGUUGGAAUUAAAAAAUGGAGACUGAAUCCUCAUUUUUAUUUUAUUGAAACUGUUCGAGUAUCUUCAGCUGGUUAUUGCAAAGCAAAUCAUUGCUUCAACACUAAUUCAGUGCCUGCUGAAAAGAUUGGGAAGGAUUACAAUACAAUUGCAUGUUUUGGACCUAAAAUAGA